GUGGCACCGUCGGUCGUUACUUAUUAAUGCGCGGCGGGGAAGGUCCGUGUGAAGGAAUGCGCUCAUCCUUUGUUGACGCGUCGCUAGGGUUUUAGCAGCUCCGCCGCCGGACCUUCCCUCGUCAUCUGAAUCAGUGGAGCUCCAACAAAGCGAGCUUUUUAGCAUGGAGACGAGCCUGAAGUCGAGCCCUCACUCGGUGAAGCGGUGGCAGCUCAGCGGGACCGACUAUAAAGCGCGCUCCGAAACCUGCUUCAGCACCUGGACGCCCCUGAACAACAGAACUGGCAACCUGCAGUUAUAUGAGGAGAGGGUGAACCUCGUGUUCCACUGGUUUGACCUGUGGUCUGACAAGCAGAGAAAAGGUUUCCUACACUCUCUGCUCACGCGCUGCACCAGUUCUCAACUCAAGUUCUGCAGGGAUGUUCUAACGGAGACGGUACCUGUGACUAAAGCGGACUUCACCGCGCUCCUGCCCCGGUUUCUGUCCCUGUAUGUGAUGUCAUUUCUGACCCCUCUCGACCUCUGCAAUGCGGCCCAGGUCAGCUGGCACUGGAGGGUCCUCGCUGAGCAGGACUGUCUGUGGGCAGGCCGGUGCAUCCGCAGGGGCUGGUUCCUUCCCUACGCUCCUGCAGAAAAAGAGUUCGGCGCGUGGAAGAACCACUAUGUCUCCUGCGUCUCCACGCUGGCCUGGCUCAGCCCCCGAGAGGCAGCCGAGCGGUACGGGACCCUUAACCGGCCAGCCGCAGGGACCAGCGAGGAGGAGGAGGAGAGGAGGAAGGAGAGGAGGAUCAGGCAGAUGAUCAGAGACAAACUGCAGGAGGAGAAACGGCUUUCUAUGAGAGCCAGAAAAGCCUGGGGAAGCUACACAACAGGCGGCAGGAGGCAAACAGGAAGGCCCAGCACUGGGGCGACGGGCAGCUCCUGGCCUUCUGUCUCCUGGUCCUCAAGCCUCUGUCUCAGCCUGGACAAGGGACAGUCCAUGAGAUCAGCCACCAGUGGGGAGGAAGUCCAGGCCUCCAGUUCAUUCAGACCUGCAGCGCCACACGGAGCUGACACUGGCCCCGGCCGUCCUGCCCUCUUAUUGCUGAUCUCCAACAGACUUCCUGCCUAUGAGCUGGUGCUGAGUGGUGUGAAGGCCGAGGUGGUCGCGGUUCUGUACGACCACAGGUGGUCUCUGUCUGCACUGCUGGCCCAGGUGAAGGGGGCGCUCUCCGGGCAGAGCGCUCAGAGGCUGGGCCUGCUCGCUCCAGGCGGAGCGGAGGAAAUCCAUCUGCUUCACAGAAGCAGCCUGUCAGAAAGGACUCUGCUGACCCCGGACCAGAGAGAAUUCUGGGAAAAGCUGUGCGGUUGUGUGGUAGCGACUGAGGAAGGAGGAGGGAUCGACAUCUUCUGCCCGCUGGCGACGUCUGAAUCAGGAGUCGCUCUCAUCCAGAACCUCUCCACUCUAACUGGACUGGAGGUUCGGGCCCCAAUGGGUUUUGCCGCCGGCGGCUUCCAGAACAUCCUGAGUGAGUGGUCUGACGGCACCGUGGGGACUGGGCCGUCGAGCCAGGCACCAGCAGCCCCGGCUCUCCAGUACGUCUGUGCGAGCGUGUUGCUGGGCUGGUGCAGACAGGCUCAGUGGAUGGAGGAAGCUCUGCAGAACAUGAGGGCCUGCUUAGAACCCCAGCUACAGCGGGUCAGCCUGCAAGCCAGAGGCCGAGCUUUGGGUCUUUUCCUGUGUGAGAGGAUCUGCCUGGAGGAGCUCCCCGUGUCCAGAGAGCUGAGUGAGGCUCUGACUGAAGGCAUCACUGCUCUCCAACACGAUGAGACCAGACCUUUAGAGUUCCUCGUCGUCUUUCUGACAAAAUGGAUUGAGGAGAAGGAGGGAAAAGGAAGUAAGUUAGAGGAAACGAGCGGAAGCAAAGGGGACGACAGCUCACAGAGCGUCUCCAGUUGGAUCCCUGAGCUGCCACAAAUGGUGUUGGACUGGAGAGGUGCUAUUGCCAGAAGCCUACACCACAGCGAGUGUUUGUAUUUGAGCCGUCUCGAGGCGGUGUUGAAGCUCUACCAGGAGCCUCUUAGAGCAGCGAUGAACUCCAACAGAGCAAUCAUCAGCUACGCAGACAUCCAGGUCAUCUUCAGCCCUGUCAAUCAAAUCCUGGAGCUCAACAGGGUGUUCCAGCUGGACCUGCAGGCCAGGCUGCAGCAUUGGGGUGCAGAGCAGUGUGUUGGAGACGUGCUGGUAAAACUGUGUUCCAGCCUUAAAGUCUACACCAACUAUCUUAACAAUUACACCACCGCUCUCCGCGCCAUCGACAAGUGCAGGGAAACAAAACCUCCUUUCAGGGCCUUCCUGAAGACCGCAGACAGAACUCUUGCAGCUCACAUGCUGAGCCUUCAGGAGCUGCUGCUGUGCCCAGUGUGGAGGAUACAGGAGUACGUGACCCUGCUGCAGGCUCUGUGUUUGCACACACUGCCAGCUCACCCCGACCACACACACCUCUCCUCUGCCCUGGACACGCUGCUGCGCUACAGAGAAUUCAUAGACAAGUUAAAGCGUAACUCGGACAGAGACACGCUGAUGGCAGAAACACAGCAGAUGAUCCAAGGCUGUCCAAGGCUCAGUGAGGGAAACAGACAGCUGAUAUUUACGCAGGACGCGGCUUUGCUCAGGAGUCCUGACGAUCAGAUUCCUGACUCUCUCAGGGCCUAUGAGCACGUGUCUGACGUGGGCCUCUUCCUCUUCAACGACGCUUUGGUGCUGACGCGGCGCAAUGUGCUUCACACGCCGUUCACGCUGGCUCAUCGGAGCACGCACGCCUUCCUGGCGUCCGUCGCUCUCUCCAGCCUGGCUGCCAGGGAGAUCACCCACACGCGCUACGUGCGCCAUGCCUUUGUGCUGGAAGGCCCAUCACGUUCCUGGGUCUGUGCCACAGAAAAGGGCGCGGAGCGGGAUCACUUCCUGUCUGUGCUGCGAGCAGCAGUAGACGCUGCUCUGACGGCGCCUCAAUGAUGGGACUGUGGCAAACGUUUGGACCUCACGAGAUCAGAGUGUAAACAGACACUUUUGGGUUUUACUUCAAUUGAUCUCCCUGUUUACCUGCAUCCUAGCUUCAAAAACUGAAACCCUUCAAAUGUACAGCAUCCCUUUCAUCUCCUCCUCAGCAGGAGGUUAAUGAGGCCAUUUUAAAAUGAAAAGGGGACGCUCACACCUACAGUGUCAGCUUUAACAUAAUAUCUUAAAAGACUUUAACUCUCUGACUAACUACGUUUUCUUGUGACAUUACUUUAUUACUGUGUUCAUUUAUCUGGAAGUGUUACAAGUAAAAGCUUCUUAAGGUCACUGGUUCAAAUCCAAACUGGAAGCAUGGUUUUGCAGCACAGACCAGGUCAGGUCCUGAGUUGCAUUAUACAGCGCUUCAUUCAAAGUGAAUAACUUGAGUAAACAGAGUCCGAGGGAAAAGGUUGAUGCACAAUAUUCAAACUUUAUUUUCGCAGUUCUAUUUUCCCAAAUGUGACACCAAGAACAGAAGAACUACCACCUGUUUACUGUGGUGGUGUAAAGGGGCUUUAUUUUGUAAAGUCAAAGCAUUACUGUGUUUUAGACUUAUUAUUAACAGCUGUACAGUAUGUUUACAUGGACUUCACUUACUGUACAUUUGGCUUAUUUAACAUAUGCAGCAUCAUUGUAAAACAUUGUUUGUAAUGGAAUGAUUAGAUCAGGCCUUUCUCUUGUUCAAAAUAUAAAAAAGUCUUUAUUGAUAAGCAAGUAACACAAAUGUCAGAUAAUAAUCACUGUCAAAGCUCUACAAUACAACACAUCCUUUAAACACUUAUGUACAUUAUUGCCACUUAUUAAAAAAUGCAUGUUCCAACACAGCACGAUACGAAUAAAUGUUGAUUUUCUGUGAGCA